AUGAAUAAGCAACAAUAUACACUACAAAACUUAACAUUUUUACCUAAAUUUGAACCAAUGACACCGAAGAAAACCUACUAUAUCAAUCGUACAACAACAGAUGAUACAAUAUCAAAGGUGAUUCGUCUUGCGAGUAAAGCAAAACAGUUUGUUAUACAAACAAAAUGUUAUCAUACAAAUAAAUAUCCAGCACUAAUUCAAAUUCUAUUUGCAUAUGAAUUCAAAUUACACAUUAUCUUAAUUGAAACUUUAUAUUUAACACAGAACAAUUCGAUUCUACACAGUAAAAUACAACACUUAUUUUCUAUUAUCUUAUCACCAUCAAAUAUUAUUCAGUCAUGGACUGAUAUAAAAAAGGAACUUGAAUCCUUUCUAAACACUGAUUUAUUUACAUUCCAUCAAAUUCAAAAUAUUCGUGUAACUAAUGUUAAAGAUAAAUUCCA